AUGCGCGUCUCCAACAUCAAGGUCGUCUUCUCUGCAAGUCACCAGUCAAGCUUAGACCCUCGCGUGACCUCCAGCGUGGUCUCUCCUGGCAUCAGCUUCAGUAUCCGUGCAGUAAGGGUCCUGACAGUAGUUCCUGCCAGCGGAGACGUACACAGCCAGCAGCUACACCAAAGCCUCCGUCAGAUCGUGGUGCGCGUUCUGCCAGACCGCAGCUCCGUCUUGUCACGCGUCUCCGGGAGUCGGGAGCCGUGUUCUGCACACAGCAGCCUGGGUUUGGCUCAGGGGCACUCUCUGCGGGCGCGUUGGUCCUCGUCACCCGCUGAGGACGCUGGCCGUGGGCACUCGCUCCACCUGCGUGAGGCCAGAGCCCGAGUGCGUCUGACGUCCAAGUCAGCACAAGCAGGAGACACUGGACCUCGAGGCCGUGGCUCCCAGCGGGCGAGCGGGAACUGCGGGGAGCCCCUCGCGGAUCCCCCAAGAUGCUGGGAGGAGAAGCCAUCCGUGCAGGCGCCGCGGCAGGUGGACGGUGGGCUUCCCGGGGCUCCCGGCGGGAUCUGGACGCGGGUGUCCACCUCCGGGGAGCGAAGGCCCUGCCGCAGGGGUGUGGCCGCCGUGCAGGCGGAGAAGGCGUGCACGGUUUUCAAAGCUUCCCUCCCGCCGACCACAGCCACCCCGACGGGCGCCCCGCUGUCACUCUGUGUGGAGCAGGGGGAGCACGGCUGCCGUGUGUUGGGGCCGCGGGCUCGCCUCGCCUUCUGGAGACGGCCUCCCCGCGCACCGGGGGACGCCCCACAACAUCUGGCCCUUUCAGCAGAAGGCACGGUGUUUGAGGGGAAGCAGCAGGGCCAUGGGGCUCCAGCCGCCCUGCGCCAGCCCAGGAGGGUCUGCUCGGUCGCCCACGCGGGUUGGGACCCAGGACCGGGGGUCAAGCUCAGGCCCGGGAAGAGCAACUUUCCCCCGACUUUGGACCCGUUGCUUCGGCUCCUCAGGCCUCCGGCCCCUCACUUGCGGGCCAGCGAGCGUUAUCCGUGUCUGUGCCACGCGAUGCUGUGCCACGCGCCGGUCGGAGGGGUGGGGGGGCCCAGCUGGGGCGGCCUGCAGGUGACAGCCACCGAGACCCCCACUUGCCACGGCCGCGUGGAGCAGCUUGCCUGCGGGCCUGCCCGCCCUGCCCGGACCCCAGAAGUGUCCCCUGCAGACUGCUGGCCAUACCCGCACCCCCGCAGCGUCCCCUGCAGCCUGCCCGCCCUGCUCAGACCCCAGAAGCAUCCCCUGCAGCCUGACUGCCCUGCCCGGACCCCCACAGCGUCCCCUGCAGCCUGCCCACCAUGCCGAACUCCCACAGCGUCCCCUGCAGUCUGCCCGCCCUGCCCGGACCCCAGAAGCGUCCCCUGCAGCCUGACCGCCCUGCCCGGACCCCAGAAGCAUCCCCUGCAGCCUGACCGCCCUGCCCGGACCCCCACACUGUCCCCUGCAGCCUGCCCGCCCUGCCGGGACCAUCACACCGUCCCCUGCAGCCUGCCCGCCCUGCCCGGACCCCAGAAGCGUCCCCUGCAGACUGCCCGCCCUGCCCGGACCCCAGAAGCAUCCCCUGCAGCCUGCCCGCCCUGCCCGGACCCCAGAAGCAUCCCCUGCAGCCUGACCGCCCUGCCCGGACCCCCACAGCGUCCCCUGCAGCCUGCCCGCCCUGCCGGGACCAUCACACGCCUGCCCGCCCUGCCCGGACCCCAGAAGCAUCCCCUGCAGCCUGACCGCCCUGCCCGGACCCCCACACUGUCCCCUGCAGCCUGCCCACCCUGCCGGGACCAUCACACGGUCCCCUGCAGCCUGCCCGCCCUGCCCGGACCCCAGAAGCAUCCCCUGCAGCCUGACCGCCCUGCCCGGACCCCCACAGCGUCCCCUGCAGCCUGCCCGCCCUGCCGGGACCAUCACACGGUCCCCUGCAGCCUGCCCGCCCUGCCCGGACCCCAGAAGCAUCCCCUGCAGCCUGACCGCCCUGCCCGGACCCCCACAGCGUCCCCUGCAGCCUGCCCGCCCUGCCGGGACCAUCACACGGUCCCCUGCAGCCUGCCCGCCCUGCCCGGACCCCAGAAGCAUCCCCUGCAGCCUGACCGCCCUGCCCGGACCCCCACACUGUCCCCUGCAGCCUGCCCGCCCUGCCGGGACCAUCACACGGUCCCCUGCAGCCUGCCCGCCCUGCCCGGACCCCAGAAGCGUCCCCUGCAGACUGCCGGCCAUACCCGCACCCCCGCAGCGUCCCCUGCAGCCUGCCCGCCCUGCCCGGAUCCCAGAAGCAUCCCCUGCAGCCUGCCCGCCCUGCCCGGACCCCAGAAGCGUCCCCUGCAGACUGCUGGCCAUACCCGCACCCCCGCAGCGUCCCCUGCAGCCUGCCCGCCCUGCCCGGAUCCCAGAAGCAUCCCCUGCAGCCUGACCGCCCUGCCCGCACCCCCGCAGCGUCCCCUGCAGCCUGCCCGCGCUGCCCGGACCCCAGAAGCCCUGCCCACCCUGCCCGGACCCCCACAGCGUCCCCUGCAGCCUGCCCACCAUGCCGAACCCCCACACCGUCCCCUGCAGCCUGCCCGCCCUGCCGGGACCAUCACACGGUCCCCUGCAGCCUGCCCGCCCUGCCGGGACCAUCACACGGUACCCUGCAGCCUGCCCGCCCUGCCCGGACCCCAGAAGCAUCCCCUGCAGCCUGACCGCCCUGCCCGGACCCCCACACUGUCCCCUGCAGCCUGCCCACCCUGCCCGGACCCCCACAGCGUCCCCUGCAGCCUGCCCACCAUGCCGAACCCCCACACCGUCCCCUGCAGCCUGCCCGCCCUGCCGGGACCAUCACACGGUCCCCUGCAGCCUGCCCGCCCUGCCGGGACCAUCACACCGUCCCCUGCAGCCUGCCCGCCCUGCCCGGACCCCAGAAGCAUCCCCUGCAGCCUGACCGCCCUGCCCGGACCCCCACACCGUCCCCUGCAGCCUGCCCGCCCUGCCGGGACCAUCACACGGUCCCCUGCAGCCUUCCUGCUCUGCCCGGACCCAGAAGCAUCCCCUGCAGACUGCUGGCCAUACCCGCACCCCCGCAGCGUCCCCUGCAGCCUGCCCACCAUGCCAAACCCCCACACCAUCCCCUGCAGCCUGCCCACCAUGCCGAACCCCCACACCGUCCCCUGCAGCCUGCCCACCAUGCCGAACCCCCACACCGUCCCCUGCAGACGGAGGGCAGCACAGCGGCGUCGUCCCCUGGCAGCCGCCUUCCGAGGCCAGGAAACACCCGCAGAGAGAGCGGACUUGCCCGAGGCUUUGGAAAGCUUUCUGCCGACGGCGGCGCUGCUCCGUGGCUGUGGGUCGGUCACACUCCGUGGGCCCGCGCCCACCGUGCGGGUCAAGCUCCCUGCCCGGGAGGGCAGACACGCAGGCUCCGGGGCCCAGCUCGCAGGGUCAGAACCUGGGGAGGCCCUGCAGGAGGAGUCGCCACCUGAUGGCGCUGUUGUCCAGGGCUGUGUGGCCGCUCUGGGCCGGUUCCCGCCCCGCCGUCCCUGGGACACUGGUCCGGGGGAGGAAGGGCCCCGCCCACCUCCGGCUGCGCUCAGCUUCCAGCCACUGGCCGUGGCCGAAAGGCCCGCUUUCCUCCAUCUGCUCCGAGCGCCCGGUGCUGCAGACCGUGGCCUCGGUGGGGGCCUGGUGCCCACGCGUCUCCGUGCCGUGGGUGCUGGAAGAGUGACCCGGGGCGGCCCCUCUGUCAGCUCACUGGACACGUGGGCCGGCCAGGGUGCAGGGAGACUUCGGGUCCCCAGGAGCAGCCUGGGUCAGCAGCCUGGGUCACGGUCGGGGCUGCAGAAGAUGACCGUGUCUGAGGGCACAGCAGCCAGCCGGUCAGAGGCACGCAGAUCCCGCCAGGACUCGGGGGUCGAGCACCUCCACUCCAUCUCUGACCCCUGGCCAUCCAUGGACCCCGGUGCCUCUGUCCCCCUGAGGGCGAGGGCCCCUCCAGGGCCACGAGAGCUCGUGGUGCGCGUCCUCUCAGGCAAGCCCAUCGCCCUGUCACCGUCCCCCCGCCAGGCGGACCGGCGGCGGAACCGGAGUGCCCAGGAGAGCCGUCUUGCUGCUGGCCUGAUAGACACAGGAACGGGGGCAAAGCCAGUGAAUCGAGGGGAGCGGAGUCUGAGUGGCCAGGGCCCCUCCUACCCGUGGGCGUCCUGGUACCUGGGCCACCGGAGUCUCUGGCUUCUGCUGGAACAGACCCGAGGGCUGAGAACAGCACAGUUCCCCCUGGAGGGUCCAGGGGACAGCGUGCGCCCUCCCACCUUUGGAAAGGGGCCGUGGCCCUUCCCCGUCGGCAAAGCCCAACCCUUCCUUCGCCGCCUGGCCAGCACCUUGCCGGCUCUCUCCCGUGAUCACGUCUUGUACGGACUCCUGAUGUCACAGUCACAGACUGCAGGGCCGUCCAAGAUGAAGUCCCCGCCUCGGGACCCCUAG